GGGGGGCUGCUCCCGAGCGCGGCGGGCGGUGGUGCCCAGGGAACGGCCCCUCCUGCCGCGGCGGCCGGUGAAGCCAUGGCUAUCCUGUUCGCUGUUGUGGCGAGGGGCACAACCAUCCUUGCCAAGCAUGCCUGGUGUGGAGGGAACUUCCUGGAGGUGACAGAGCAGAUCCUGGCGAAAAUCCCUUCUGAAAACAACAAACUGACCUAUUCACAUGGGAAUUACCUGUUUCACUACAUCUGCCAAGACAGGAUUAUAUACCUCUGCAUCACAGAUGAUGACUUUGAACGAUCCAGAGCCUUCAACUUCCUGAAUGAAAUCAAGAAGAGGUUUCAGACCACGUAUGGCUCGAGAGCACAGACAGCUCUUCCCUAUGCAAUGAACAGCGAGUUCUCCAGUGUCUUGGCUGCGCAGCUGAAAUACCACUCGGAGAGCAAGAGCACUGACCAGGUGGCAGAGACACAAGCUCAGAUCGAUGAACUCAAAGGAAUCAUGGUUCGAAACAUAGACCUUGUGGCACAAAGAGGAGAGAAACUGGAGCUGCUCAUCGAUAAAACAGAGAAUCUUGUGGAUUCGUCAGUCACUUUCAAAACUACCAGCAGGAACCUUGCUAGAGCCAUGUGUAUGAAGAACCUCAAGCUUACCAUCGUCAUCAUCAUCGUAUCAAUUGUCAUCAUCUACAUCAUCCUCUCAGCUGUCUGUGGGGGCCUGGCCUGGCCGAGCUGUGUGAAGAAGUAAUGGGGGCAGCUGGUGCUGGUCACUUGGAGAUGAGAACCACAGGAGUGUGGAGAAGCAACCUACAGGAUAACUCUGAGUCUUUCACUACUGACACCUCCUCAUUCUUCCAUCCCUCCAGGACUUCAGACUAUUUUGCCUUAUCACCCCAAACAGGCCCAGCUGAUCACUGCUCAGUGCAGCGUUAGCCUCAAGCAUGGGCUGGUUUCAAUUACUUGAAGGGAUUAUUACUAUUUUAUGUUUCUUUUCCUGUCCCAGCUCCAACCUCCCCAGCUGGGUGGGUGCUGUGUCCAGCUCCGGGGGGUUAUGUGCAUGCUCACCCCAUGUCCAUGUAGCUUUGCACUUAACCUGUGAGCGUGCAAGUGGAGAACAGGACUGCUGGCAACUGUCCGGCUGCAGGGAUGGGGCUGGGGGUUGUUUGGAGCUCACCUGAUGGGGCAGGGACAAGGUGAGGGUGUGUGUGAAUUCCCACUUCCUACAGGUAUCAGAGAGCCAGGUGCCUCUCCCUGCACAUCUGGCCUCAUGUGGUUAUGGAGUGUUUUAGCACGUGGAGGUUGUGAGGGUGAUGGUGGGAGUAAUGAGAACAGCUUUGGGUACUGUGGGAUGUGGGUGCUGCUGCCACUGUGUGGAGCCUGCCUUUUCCUGGAGGUCUUUGUGCAGUUGGUAGGAGAGGGUGUUGGGCCACCUCAGCGAUUUGAAAUGGCAAUGGCUGCCUCUUCAUCCUCUUCAUCCUGGCUUCUUCCUCAUCUCCCCCCUUAGCGUGUGCUAAACCAGUACAGUAAAGGAGGCAGUUGCAUAUAGUUAAGGUUGCAGUAAUGUCUCUGCUUUCUCACACGUUGUUUCUCCUGUUCUUUUGAGGGUGGACUAAAAUGAGUACUAAUGUCCCUCACCAAGGUGAAACUGGGGGCCAAUCUGCUGAUCUGAUCGAUGAGGUGCCAGGUAUCUGCUGCUUGUGCUUCUGCUCUGCAGGCGAGCGCUGUGAGGACAGAGAAGGGUAGGAGGUUGGAGUUGAUGGAUGGUGACUUUCUCUAGGGGCUGGGGAAGAAAAGCUCUUUCAGGGGAUGUAGUAACAUGUAUUCCUCUGACAAUAAACCCAAACCCAAGGCUAAUAACCAAAUGUCAGGCCAGGUACACUGCUGCUGUCGGGGGACAGGGGCUGCUCUGCCAGAUGUUGGCAGCUGUGAGCAUUGCAUUUCUGUCCCAGCCAGCCCUCAAGUCAUGGGCCCUGGCCCAGCUGACCAAAGCUGCUGUUGCCUGGGCGAGGGCUGCGGGGCUGAAGGCUUGGAUCUCACAGGGGAAGGAAUAGAACUGGAAGCUCACAGAAGCAUCAGAUGGGUGAUGAAGGAAGAUGCAUCUUUCUGGCCCAGGAAAGUGGCUUCUCAUGGUGGGAGGAAGUCAUUGAGGUAGGGAAGGGGAAGCCCAAUUUGGUGAUGAAGCUUGAGCCCUGGGUUGGUGUUGUGGGUUCAUGGUGCCCUGCAACACAGGCUGGCCACAGGCAGGGUGACCAUGAGGAGGAGCUGCUGCCUUGAGGCAUGUCACACUGACCAGAGAGCUCCAGGAGGGUUCUCCUAUGAGCUUGUACACUUAACAUGGGAUUCACCUACGAGGCUGAAACCUAACUGAGGGUUAUCAGGUCUCCAUCCCCAGGAAGCGCCACUGGUUCUGCUCAGCACGGGGGUCUGUUCCUGUAACUGAGUCCAGUGUAAAGCUUAAGAGAAAGAUUUCCUUCCUCCUGCCCUGCGCAGUGCAGCGUGGGCUCUGCAUGUUCUAGGGGUUGUUGAUGUUCCCGUGUUCAUUUCUAUGAUCUGUUGUCUUCUGUACGAAUACUUUUUAAAGCAAAUCCUUCCUUUCCUUUUAAAGGAUGCACCGAGGCAUUAGUGUAAAAUCAAAGUAACUUGGUUUAAAUAAAAUUCCUGUACAGAA